GUUGCUGAGGUGGUCAAUUGACAUCCCGCCAGAGAGCUCCCUGCCAGGUUACCGUGGACUAAAGUGGACAACAUAUCAGCCAACCCACCAGCAAGCGCAAUCCGGCGCAACACCUCGCGAACAACCGUUAAGAUGGCUCCUGGAAUGUCCCUGUUUUCUGUCAACGCGAUCCUAAUCCUCAGCAUCGAGGACGGGUCGCGGUUAUUCUCCAAGUACUAUAGCGCACCCCACGCCGGCUCCGCGACACAGAACGGCAGCUCAAACUCCUCUGGCAACCCGUAUCCCGAUGUAAAGUCACAAAAGGCCUUUGAGAAGGGGCUCUUGGAGAAGACGGCAAAGCAGACUGGCGAUAUCAUCUUGUACGACAACCGGAUUGUGCUCUACAAGAUGGAGUCGGACGUCAUGAUGUACGUCGUCGGAGGUGUCGACGAGAACGAGGUUCUUCUGUACAAUGUUAUCCUGGCCCUCAGGGACUCCCUGCAUCUGCUCUUCAAGCAAUCCGUCGACAAGCGCACAAUCGUCGAGAAUUACGACCUUGUAUCCCUCGCCAUUGACGAGAUCGUCGAUGACGGCAUCAUCCUGGAGACCGACCCCACCAUCAUCGUCCAAAGAGUAAGCAAGGCACCGGCGCAAGACGUCGACCUUCGUCGCAUCGACCUCAGCGAACAAGGUGUCAACAACCUGGCCCAGCUGGGCAAGUCGAAACUGGCCGACUGGCUGCGGCAGGGCUUGUGAGCGGCGACGGAUGGUGUCGAAGGGGCAAACUGAGGCGAGAGACGAAGAGAGAAACGGCGGUUGCACAAUGGGAGUUUCAUGGUGGUUUCUAAAGGGGAAUGCAUCAUUUUGAAAAAGCACAUCCUUCUUGAGAGGGAUUGUCAUGACGAAUGCUCAGAUUUAUGCCUGGUUCUAUUUUUUGCCCAAAACAAUGCUCAUUCAUUUAAGCACGGAU